AAAAUAAUACAUUACCAGCGCAAUAGUUAAAAGUUAACUAGAGAUGGCUGUGUAAGUGUGCAGUGUCCGCCGGCGCAUGGUCGUACGUGCCGCCUUCAGGCGAUUAACUUAUCUGCAACGUGCCAUCGCGAAGGCAAUUAUGUAUCUUGUUCUAGUCCAGCUUAGCAGUGGUUUAACUGGCCCGAGGCAUCGAAGGCGAAUCACUUGGCAAUUGGGCAAUCGCUAGCUUGGUCCUCCUUCUCCACUGGAAUGCUUGACUGGCCUUUUUGCCUGUCCGUGUCCAAAGUAGGAGGGCUGCAAAUAAGAAAAAAGUGGCAGUCCCCUCGCACAGCUCUGAGCUUGGUCAAAACGAAACGAGCCUUUGAAGGCCUUCUGAGGAUACGCAAGCUCCCGUCCAGCCAAUCCUGGAGGAUACUCAACGCCCCGUCUUUUGCGAGCCACAUCAACAACCGCCUGUUAAACACAAUGGGUUCCGUCAACUGCAAGGAGUACAAGACCACGGGCAGCACUCCCAAAAAGGAGAAGUCGACAGGUGGUGCCGUGGGUUCCUACCAGUCCAAGUGCAGCAACCAGAGUCCCAGUACAACCAUGUCGACGGAAGAGUCUUCGCCGGAUUCGGAGUACACAAGUGCGGUCCCCGUGGACUGCAGAGUUACGGAUCUGAAGGAGAACGAAAUGAAGCAGGUGGACUUCGAUGAGGACACCCGCGUGCUGCUCGUGAAGCAGAACGAUCGUCUGCUAGCAGUGGGUGCUAAGUGCACCCAUUACGGAGCUCCGCUCCAGACUGGAGCUUUGGGUUUGGGUCGUGUCCGCUGUCCUUGGCACGGCGCUUGCUUUAACCUGGAAAACGGAGACAUUGAGGACUUUCCUGGUCUCGAUUCCCUGCCAUGUUAUCGCGUGGAAGUGGGUAACGAGGGACAGGUGAUGCUCCGUGCAAAGCGAUCGGAUCUGGUGAAUAACAAGCGACUCAAGAACAUGGUCCGACGCAAGCCCGACGAUCAGCGAGUGUUCAUCGUGGUUGGCGGUGGUCCUUCUGGCGCUGUAGCCGUGGAAACCAUCCGACAGGAGGGCUUUACUGGGCGCCUAAUCUUUGUGUGCCGCGAAGACUAUCUGCCCUACGAUCGCGUUAAGAUCUCCAAGGCUAUGAACCUUGAGAUCGAGCAGCUGCGGUUCCGCGACGAGGAGUUCUACAAAGAGUACGAUAUCGAACUGUGGCAAGGAGUCGCCGCCGAGAAGUUGGAUACCGCUCAGAAAGAGCUGCACUGCAGCAAUGGCUACGUGGUGAAGUACGAUAAAAUCUACCUGGCCACAGGCUGCUCCGCCUUCCGGCCGCCUAUUCCCGGUGUUAACUUGGAGAACGUCCGCACUGUCCGAGAGUUGGCGGAUACAAAGGCGAUAUUGGCAUCGAUCACCCCGGAGUCCCGCGUCGUCUGUCUGGGAUCGAGCUUUAUCGCCUUGGAGGCAGCUGCUGGGUUGGUCUCCAAAGUGCAAAGCGUCACGGUUGUGGGUCGUGAAAACGUCCCACUUAAGGCCGCAUUCGGCGCGGAGAUUGGUCAGAGGGUGCUCCAGCUGUUCGAGGACAACAAGGUGGUCAUGCGCAUGGAGAGCGGCAUCGCCGAGAUCGUUGGCAACGAAGACGGCAAGGUAUCAGAGGUGGUGCUGGUAGAUGACACGCGUCUGCCUUGCGAUCUGCUGAUCUUGGGCACUGGCUCCAAGCUCAACACCCAAUUUCUGGCCAAGUCGGGCGUGAAGGUAAAUCGUAACGGAUCCGUGGACGUCACUGAUUUCCUGGAGUCCAAUGUACCCGAUGUGUAUGUGGGCGGUGAUAUAGCAAACGCCCACAUUCACGGGCUGGCCCACGAUCGCGUGAACAUCGGGCAUUACCAGCUGGCUCAAUACCAUGGACGAGUGGCGGCCAUCAACAUGUGCGGCGGGGUAAAGAAGCUGGAGGCCGUGCCCUUCUUUUUCACCCUCAUCUUCGGCAAGGGAAUUCGGUAUGCCGGGCAUGGCUCUUACAAGGAUGUGAUCAUUGACGGCAGCAUGGAGGACUUUAAGUUUGUGGCCUACUUCAUCAACGAGGCGGAUACGGUGACAGCGGUGGCUUCGUGCGGCCGGGAUCCGAUUGUGGCCCAGUUUGCCGAGCUAAUCUCGCAGGGCAAGUGCCUCGGUCGUGGCCAGAUCGAAGACCCGGCCACCCGUGAGGACUGGACAAAGAAGCUUGGCCAGCCGUUGCCCCAAGUUCGCUAAAUAAUCAACUUAAUGUGUAUUACCGCUGAGAUUUGUUGUUAUAUUUUCAUGCAAUCGUUGAGUAUUUAUUAUGGGUACUCGUAUGCAAAACUCUAUAAACGUGUAACUAUAUCUGUGUAUAUUUAUAAUUGUAGUUGUGGGGACUUCCUUGAGUUCCCGCCGCGGUUGCCACUUUUGGCCCAAGAGAUCAAAGAUGUAAGCGUUUCAUUCCCUUGCCACACAAUGGCGUAUUGGUUUACUUUUGCUAAAUAAAGAAUUUUAACGUUUCGUAUUU